AGUCACGUUAUGAGGGGGUGUGUUGAUUUUAAGUUGGUCAGCCACUUAAGCUUACGCAUUCCUAGUUUGUUUUUCUACGCAGCAAUUUCAAAUUUAGAGAGAUGAAUUUUCCUUGUGACAACAUCAUCAUCAUCAUCAUCUCUGCUUCAGUAUUAGAUUUCGGUGUUUGUAGUUGUAUAAAGACAUCAAUCUAGUUCGUCUAUAGGCUACUUCUGUGUUAAGCAUUAUGUUUUCUACAGUGGUCUAAACGUCAAGUCUACUGAAGCAGAUGUCAACGUGUAAGAGAAGAUGUGAAAUCUGUUGCCGAGGAGCAGGUACUUCUCAGAUUUUGUGACCGGUCAUCGCAGACGAACUGUUCAGAUGAACAUCUGUGUUGCUCUCUCAGAAUGUGAACAUCCGCAUCGCGAGGACAUCAUCCCAUUUCUUUCUGUUGGGACUGUCUUACGUUAUCUGUUGUCCUAACAGAUGAUUAGUGGCAGGUCGUUAGACUUAUAGGAACAUUAAAUACGUAUCGAUGCUAACGUUCGUUGACUCUGCCCUUCAAUAUUUUUAUUCCUCAAAGAGGUUGUGAUUUUUUUUCAUUUGUUGUUGCUUAUUGAUUCUGGUUUUAAACAAAACUGGAUAGCAGUCGUCUGUCUGCUAAGGUUCAUUCGUCUACAAGUUUUCACCGACCCGCUGCGCUACCUACACAGAGUACACAUUGUAGACUCUCCUACAAAGCGCCGUUCAUUGCUACACCAAGGGAAGGCCGUGGGAACACAUGAUUGGAAACUCUGUCCUGGAUGAAUCACUGCUCUUUUGUUCAAUCCCACUUUAACUUUUGAAUGGAAAAUAAUGAAUGCCAAAGGCAAGCUUAACUUGUACCGUAUUAUGGCAGAAACAUUUUCCCUCAGAAAUAAAUACCAAUUUUUGUGUUUAAAAAGGCUACACAAAGGCUAGGGCGAUACAUUUUUGUUUAAGGAGAUAAUAGACUCUAUAAUUUUUUCCGCAACUUAUUGUAUUCCAAAAAGAAGCAGUGGGCAGAAUUUCAGGUCGGCUUUUGCCCAAAAAAUUGAAGCUGAAACCAGUUAGAGAUCCAGGUGCCUCAACAUCUGCAUCUUAGAUAUAACAUUGACUCAUUGAUAGAAACCUUAGUUGUCUUGUCUUCACAAUUGUUGUGAGAGCUUAAGUUUCAUUGUUAUACUUUGUUUUGUUUUUGUCAUCAUCUGACAAACCUCGUGUAUUUUACGGCCUGACACAUCGAACCGAAGCUUGAGCGGGACAAUAAUUUGUAGAUCCUGUUUCAGUCUCUUCUCUCUAUCUACCUGUUGUGGGCACCUGGUGUGUCCCAUCCCGAGUCCAUUCCCCCCUCACUCUAUCCUCUAUGCCUUCCUCGCGCAACAACUCAUCUCGCCCCAGCCUUCUCGCGCGCUGCCGCGGAUUCUGCUGUGGUACAGGGGACGAGGGAGACGAGCCAUACUACCCUGACGUCACACCACUGCCCGACUCCGACGGUCCAAGGAACGGCGGCACAGGAGGAAGAGGGGGAGCCCUAAACGGAGGGGGACGUUGGAGCGAGCCCGGUGGAACUUUUGACACAAACGUCAACAUGAGUGGUGUCUACGAGGAACUUCGCAGGAAGUGCCUGCGGGAAGGGAAAUUAUACGAGGAUAAAGAAUUUCGUCCUGUCGAAAGCAACUUGUUCCAGGGAGGAAUUAUCUAUUCUGUGGACUGGAAAAGACCUAGGGAGAUUGUGUCAAGACCUGAGUUUUUCCAUGGAAACCCUGACUACUAUGACAUGGAGCAAGGAGAAAUCGGCAACUGCUGGUUUGUUGCCUCCGUGGCCUGCCUGGCAGCCUCCCCACAGAAAAGACUGCUGGACAGGGUAGUCCCACGGGAUCAAGGUUUUGACAGGGACUAUUGCGGGGCGUUCCGCUUCUGGUUCUGGCAAUACGGAAAGUGGAAGGAGGUGAUCGUUGACGACAGGCUGCCCACCUACAAAGGAGUCUUGCUCUAUGGCAGGAACCGAACCUAUCCUCAGGAGUUCUGGUGCCCCCUGCUGGAGAAAGCCUACGCCAAACUUCACGGAGACUAUAACACGAUUGAUGGUGGUCGCAUCCACACGUCACUGGUUGAUCUCACAGGGGGCAUGGGCGAGAUGGUGCCUCUCAAGACAAGCAUAUCGCUGCCAGAGCUCAAGGAGAUGAUCAUAAACUGUCAGAAGAUGAACAGUAUCAUGGGUGGAGCUAUAUUUCAAAAGAAAAAUGCCGGAGGCCGAAGAGAAAUCAAACUAAAGAACGGACUCUACUCCGGCCAUGCCUACAGCAUUCUUAAAAUCAAAGAGGUUGACACACGUGAGGGUACGAAGACAAUCCUGCACAUGAGGAACCCUUGGGGCAGAGGAGAGUGGAACGGCGCCUGGGCCGACGGGAUCAGCUUAGAAGACUUCCGGGACAACUUCGAUGAGCUGGAGAUGUGUCACUUGACCCCAGAUGCUCUGUCUGAUGAGAUUGCUGCCAACCUGCCCUGUUGCGCAACCGAUCAACCCUGGAGAUGAGGACGUUCCACCUACGCCAAUGAUCAAGACCAACGAGGAGAGAGUGGCCAAUGAGGAGUUUGACAAACUAGCAGGGCUGGAGGGAAUGAUCGACGCUGCUGAGCUCGAGCUUGUCUUCGGGAAAGCUUUAGUCUCUGAUGACAAGACACAAAAAGCUGGCUUCAACACAGAAACAUGCAGAUGCCUCGUCGGUCUCGCCAAUACAAAAUCGUCGAAAGGGUUGAUAGGAAAGGAAGACUUCCAGAAACUGUGGUCAGACCUGUACUUGUGGAGGAAAGCUUUCAAAGCAAUUGAUGUUAACAAGAGUGGGACAUUGGAUGCCUCUGAGCUGAAAGAACUGUUCCGCUUGAUAGAUUUUGGGGACAGCAAGGAGGCUGUGGAAGGCAUCAUGAAGCGGUAUGGAGGAAAGAAAGGAAAAAUUUCAGAGGAGGAUUUCCUUCAAGGGUUUUGCAAAACGUUGCAGUUGUUCACGGUUUAUCGGGAGCUUGAAGCGGAGAGAAAAUUGUCCCUAACACUGGGCGAGUGGAUUUACCUCGGCUUCAGAAGCUGAAUCUGACGAGUAAACAAGGAGUUCACUUCCCCGACGCACAGUCAAAGCGUAACUACUGGAGAUGAUCAGUCUCUAAAAGCCCGCUCAUCGCUUUGCCAAGAGUAACGCCAUUUCUCAAAGAGGGGAAAUGUAGCAGUGUACGCUAUAAUAGAAACAAGGUGCAGAGUAUGCCAAUUUGUCGGUUUGAUUCUGAAAACUGAACAUUUGGAUCCCAAUGUUAUAAUUUUUGUACAUGCUAGACCAUAGAACUGCGAUAAUGUUUUUAAAAAUUUUUUAAGAAUGACAUCCAAAAGAGCGUGGGCAGCUAUCCAUAAUUUCCCGCCUUGAAGAUUUGUAGUCAUAUUUUUAGAGGAAUUUUGUCCUUUUUAAAAUUUCGUUUUAAAAGUUGAAGUUUUAAAAUUAUUUGGCCACUGGAAAUACCCCUACAUGUGUAUUACAUGUAAGUCCGAGCAUCUGCACAAUGCAAAGUCCUCUUUAAAAUCAACAUCACUAGAGAUAGCCAUCCACGUGAAGCGCUGAAAUACAUCAUAUUUUUGUACUUAUAGCAUUCUGUUCUCCGUGGCGGCCCUUUUUGAUGUGUGUCAUAUAUUUUCCCAAAUCUAUUUACAACUUUAUGCAACAACAAAAAAGCAAAAGAAAGAAAACCCUCCAUAACCCCAAGAAAACCCUCCAUAACCCCAAGAAAACCCUCCAUAACCCCAAGAAAACCCUCCAUAACCCCAAGAAGCAGCUGCGACGUUUACUUGCUCUUGUUUUAGCCUUUUGUUUUUAAAAUAUGACUGUUGUGUUGUGUUAUGUACAUAUGCCUACGUUAUCGCACGUUUAACAGCUUCAUGUGUAUUAGCUGUCAAACGUGCUAGGUACUCCAUUUUAUUGCAUUUUUAGACAUUUACAUUUUUGUGUUCUACUAACUAGUUUUCAUUUUUAUCCUUUUGCGUUGUGCCGUUUAACUUGGAAAUAUUAUAUUGUCCAUGCUCCCUAAAGUCACUGUCACCCCAGUCCACCUUCAUCACAAUCUCUCAGCAGUGUGUUCUUUACCCACGCAAUUUUAUUCCAACGUAAGUGUCACAAGGUGCCUUCGUCUCACAGCAUUACAUAUUCUAAGACGGGUAAUGAUCAUUAAAAUUGUACUUCCCUGUCAUACUUUAAAUGCUAAUUUCGCUAGUCGUUUUAUUUCCAUCAAUCCGACUAUGACUAAGUCAAAGAUUGCUCUGUUGUUAGGUAACCCGUUUCUUUUUUUUUUUAUUUGGUGCAUGUUUGUCGUCUGGAUAGAACUGAGUUUUUCUCCUCAAAUUUCUGAUUUUUAUUUAUGUCAGUGGUGAUUUUUGCUUCUUAAAUCCCUUGUUUUUCAAAUGUUCAACUCAAGUGAGUCUAAGUCGUGAACUGGUUUGCAAUGUUAAUCUUAUCUACUUUCAGCCUUCGUGUUUACAUCGUACAAAGAAUCAUAACUAAUGCACUAUCCUUGAUAGUGCUUAUUCUUUUUUUUUAAAGGUGCUGAAAUGUCAUUUUACAGAGGAGCAAAUGCUGAAUUGUUCCAGCAAUGCUCAAAAUAGCGGACCCGUAAAGUUGUUCGUUUUUUGUGAUUUUUGUUUGUUGUUGUCACAAAAGAAUGGACCAUAUUCCCAUAUUAUUUACAAGAAUAAAAAGGUAAACUUUGUAUUGGUCUCAUUCUUAAACAAAACAUGGCUCCUUUGUUCUCUUUUUAAGCGGUGCCUGUUGUGUUCAAGUUUUAGUCACCUUAAUAGCGGACACAGUCGAUAGCUCAGUUCAAGGAAGGUCUACAAUAAUACAUGUAUGAGGUACCAAUAUCUUAUGAGAUAACAUUCUUUCUCGUGAUUCUGCUCGGAGAUGAACUAUUAUUAAAUGAAAAGUUUUUGUUUAUCUUAAUUAUUUUCGAUAAGAUGCUGAACGAAAUCCUUGUAUUUCCUUAUGCAUGCAAAUUUUAACGUUUACAAUUUAUAGACGCCAAGAUUGCACAAUUGCCUUCAUAGUUUUUUAACAGUUGUAUAGUGUUUUAUCAAAGCCUAUGAUAUAUAUUAUCAAUAUAUUUUAGCAAUGCUAUAUCACAAAAUGCAGUGAAAAGCUUGAUAUAGACAAGUCUGACAAAGUUUAAUGAACUGCAUUUAACCGACCUCCUUUUGACCAAAGGUGCACGCUAACCUGUAAAGAAAGUGGGCAUAAAGUGGGUCCAUAUAAUAAAACAAUUGCAAUUCUCAGUAAUUAUUCAAAAUUUGUCUGAAAGGUGCUUUAUGUCUUUACUUUUUAAAAUUUUUGCUGAAUUACUUAUGCAUUCAAUACGUGCAGCAUAAUAACACCAUCAAAACUGCCCAACUUUCUUGUUACUUUUCAUGAAGUAUUUUGUUCAGCCUUCAUUGGCUAGAAAUCUCUUUUUGUCAAGCUGUGAAAUUAUUUACACAUAUCCCUGUAAAAAUAAUAUGUUUUUGUUACGUAUGUUGUAGUGUUAAGUUCUUUUUCCCAUACGUCGUUGUGUUUCGACUGCUUUAUAUGCCUCUAUUUCUUGGGAGCGGAUUUUACUGUGAUCUCUGACACUAAACCAUGUACUGAUAAUAAAAAUCUCUAUGCUUCAAGCAUCAAAACACCUGGAAA